GUAAAAUAAGCCAAUCACAAAACAACAAAUAUUAAAUGAGCUCACUCAGAAAAUAUACCUAAAAUAGGCAAAUGUAUAGAGAUCAGAGUUUAAUAGUAGUAACCUGAGACAAAAGACAGACAGAAAAUCUGAAGCAUUAUUUAAACACACUGAGUUUCUGUUUCUGGUGAUGAAAAAUUUGGUAAUGAUACUGGUGUUUGUUGCACAACAUGAUUGAUGUAAUAAUUCUCACUGAAUUGUACACAGGAAAAAUGUUUAAUUGGCCAAUGUAGUGUUAUCUACAUUUGUCCAACAAUCAUAGAAACAGCCCAGGAUCUCCAAGCUUGAGACAAAUGCUCAAACCAGCUUCAUCAAGGAAAAUUACAGCCUUUCACGGGGCUUUUCUCUCCCAGCCCCACAGGCUUCCAACCCCAGGAGAAUGCCUGCAGAAAAUCACUCUACUGUGACAGAAUUCAUUCUAGGAGGAUUAACAAAUCGGCCAGAGCUCCAGCUCCCUCUCUUCUUCCUCUUUCUAGGGAUCUACAUGGUCACCUUGGUGGGGAACCUGGGCAUGAUCACUCUCAUUUGUCUGAAUUCCCAGCUUCACACCCCCAUGUACUACUUCCUCAGCAAUUUGUCAUUUGUAGAUAUGUGCUACUCCUCUGUCAUUACUCCUAAAAUGCUGGUGAACUUUGUGUCAGAGAAGAACAGCAUAUCUUAUGCAGGGUGCAUGUCACAACUCUACUUUUUCCUUGUUUUUGUCAUUGCCGAGGCUUACAUGCUGACAGUGAUGGCCUAUGACCGCUAUGUUGCCAUCUACAGCCCUUUGCUUUAUAACAUCAUUAUGUCACAUCAAAUCUGCUCCAUGCUAGUGGCUGUGGUCUACAUCAUGGGGCUCAUUGGCUCAACGAUACAGACUGCUCUCAUGUUAAAACUGUCCUAUUGUGAGAGCCUCAUCAGUCAUUACUUCUGUGAUAUCCUCCCCCUCAUGAAGCUCUCCUACUUUAACACCUAUGACAUUGAGCUGACAGUUUUCUUUUUGGCUGGAUUCAACAUCACAGUUACCAGUUCAACAGUCCUUGUCUCCUAUGCCUUCAUUCUCUCCAGCAUCCUCCACAUCAGGAGCACAGAGGGCAGGUCCAAAGCCUUCAGCACCUGCAGUUCCCACCUUACAGCAAUAGGACUCUUCUAUGGAUCUACUGCAUUCAUGUAUCUAAAACCUUCCAGAGCCAGUUCCUUGGCCCAGGAGAAUGUGGCCUCUGUGUUCUACACCACAGUGAUCCCCAUGUUGAACCCCCUUAUUUAUAGUCUGAGGAACAAGGAGGUGAAGGAUGCCAUGCAGAAAACACUGAGAAGAAAACUGUCUUAAUGCAAAUGUUAUCACUCUUUCUCAAUUUUAAGAGUAAGUUGUUACAAACACCAGAGA